UGAUUCAUUUAGAAAUCAAGCCGGCCAUCAGGAAUCAGAUUAUCCGGGAGCUGCAGGUGCUGCACGAGUGUAAUUCCCCGUAUAUCGUGGGUUUCUAUGGAGCCUUCUACAGUGAUGGAGAGAUCUCCAUCUGCAUGGAACACAUGGAUGGUGGCUCUUUGGAUCAAGUCUUGAAAGAAGCUAAAAGAAUUCCCGAGGAGAUCUUGGGGAAAGUCAGUAUAGCGGUUCUGCGAGGCUUGGCGUAUCUGAGAGAGAAGCACCAAAUCAUGCACAGAGAUGUGAAGCCUUCAAACAUCCUGGUUAAUUCUCGAGGGGAGAUUAAGCUGUGUGAUUUCGGGGUCAGCGGCCAACUCAUUGACUCCAUGGCAAACUCUUUUGUGGGAACUCGGUCCUACAUGUCUCCCGAGCGGUUACAGGGCACCCACUACUCGGUCCAGUCCGACAUCUGGAGCAUGGGUCUGUCGUUAGUGGAGCUGUCGAUCGGAAGGUACCCAAUCCCCCCGCCAGACUCCAAGGAACUGGAAGCAAUAUUUGGCCGUCCCGUGGUGGACGGGGCAGAGGGAGAGCCUCACAGCAUCUCGCCGCGGGCCAGGCCCCCAGGACGCCCCGUCAGUGGCCACGGGAUGGACAACCGGCCUGCCAUGGCCAUCUUUGAACUGCUGGAUUAUAUAGUUAAUGAGCCACCUCCCAAGCUGCCAAACGGAGUUUUCACGCAAGAUUUCCAGGAGUUUGUAAAUAAAUGCUUAAUUAAAAAUCCAGCAGAACGGGCAGAUCUGAAGAUGCUGAUGAGUCACACCUUCAUCAAACGCUCGGAAGUGGAGGAGGUGGAUUUCGCUGGCUGGCUGUGCAAAACCCUGCGCCUCAACCAGCCCAGCACGCCCACCCGCGCUGCCAUGUGAGGGCUGAGCCCCCCCAACCCCCUCC